GUCAAGUAGUUAGAUAUUUACUUCUUUGCAAUACGCGUGUCUUUAUAUUUUUUGACCCAUCUAUUUAUUUUCUGUCGUGAGCCUUUAUCUGCGAAAUAAACAACAAUAACAAACAAGUAGAAGAAGUACAAUACAGAAGAAACAACAUGUCUCUAGAUACUAUCAGGAGUGAAGUACAAGAGUCCAAACUGUACUAUAUUUUGUCUGCCCAAGAUGAGUUCGAAUCGUCUACCAAUAUCAAUCCCAAAGUGAUUGAAGAAGAGUUGGCUUACAAGAAGCAUAUCUUCUCUAAACUCAAGUUCUUAUAUUUAGAACAAGAGACUCGUGAUAAGUUCUUACGUCGAAUCAGUGAAAUCUCUAGUGAUGAGCUUGAACAACUCAAUGCUCUGGAUGAGUUGAAGAAUAUAGAACAGGAAACUAUCGACAGCAAGGUCAUACUAAAGGAGUUGAAGAAUACUAUGAAUGAAAGAAUUUCCGACUUGCAACAGCUCUGUACCACAAAUAUGGACUUAUACAAUGAAUAUACCACCAAGAAUAAUCAAACUCAAGAAGUUAUCCACCACAUUGAUCAAUUAAAUACAGACAUAGAUGGUCUACUAAACGAAUUUGAAGAUAAAGAGCUUAUAGAUCAGCUCAGUACCCAAGAAACAUCGGAAGACAGUAAUAUUGAAUCGAUCCGUAAUAGCAAACAAUCCAUGGUCAAUGAUGAAAGAACACGAAUGCAGGACUUGGAUACAGAACUCGAAUUACUGCGAUCAACCUUAAAGUCCCAUGAACAAUCCAUACAACAAUUACAGGCCAAAUUGGAUGAACUACAGCAAGUGGCAGACAAGUAUACACAAGACCAUGAACCACAGGCUCAAGUCCACAACCAAAGGUUGGUAGAUAAAUACCAGAACUACGCCAAAUGGUGUAAAGAGAUGAAUGAUAUACUCGUGCGACUCACAGGCAUUGACGAUGUUAAGCUCAAACUAACCAAUAAGAACAACUUUUGUUUGGUGAUCCAACAAACUAAACGAAUAAUCUACACACGCGACUGGAAGAUUAUCAACAUGGACGGUUUUAAUGACUGUCAACCCUUCAUCAAUCGCGUCAACGUAUUGACCUUAUCAGAAGAUCAGUUUCUACAAAAAUUAGCUGAAUAUGUACGCAGUUACACUUCUAAAUAGAAAUACAUACUUUAAGCACUAAACUAUUUUUUCGCUUAGCCUCUCUU